UCCAAGGCCUGCCAUUGCUCAGAUAUGUGCACAAACAGACCAUUCCGCAAAGAGAGAAAGAUAAAAAUUGUCAAGACAAAACUUUGUGGAUGAGUAGUGGCAUUAGAGGCAAUGGAAAAGGGAGACUUUGUCAUCGAAUAUAUUGGAGAAGUUAUUGAUGAUGUUUGUGAGCAAAGACUCUGGGACAUGAAGCAUCGAGGCGAUCGAAAUUUUAUAUGUGUGAAAUUCGUAAAAUUCACAAUUGACGCAACUUUUAAAGGAAAUGCUUCUCGUUUUUUGAACCACAGCUGUAUUCCUAAUUGUAAACUAGAGAAGUGGCAAGUUGAUGGGGAGACACGUGUGUGUUUUGCUUCUCGCUCCAUAGAAGUUGGGGAGCCUUUGACAUAUGAUUACAGAUUUGUGCAUUUCGGGCCUAUGGUCAAGUGUUACUGUGGGGCUUCCAACUGCCAAGGUUAUCUGGGGAGUAAGAGAAAGACAAACCAGGUGGCCUCUAUCUGGGGAUGUAAAAGGAAGAGAUCUGUUAUGCUAACCCGUUCAUCAAGUAAACAAACAUUUGUUUGAAGGUGCAAUUUUGUCAUUUAUUGAUUUAUCAUUUUAUUGGAAAGUGCAG